AUGUCAUCAACAAAAUCUUCUGAAUGGAAAAUAUUAGCGCUUGGUAAUGAUCAGCAACUAGGCGAAGAAAUUAAACAACAUUUACAUUCUCUUGGUUAUAAAAAUGCACGCGUUGUAAUAUUACAAAACAAUCAGGAAAAUGAUCAACAUUUAUUAAAAUUAUUGAAGGAAGAAGAAUGGGAUGGCGUUUCAAUUGGUGGUGGUAUUAAUGGUCAUGGUAGAAAUUCUACACGAGAAGAAAACACGUUUCAUUGGUUUAGCAGACUAUUAAAUAUUAUUCACCAAAAUGCAUCAUCGAAAACAAAAAUUAUACUUCUACGCGGUCUAUCGGAUUUAGAAGCAUCAUUUCAACGUGUUUUGGGAAAAGACAACCAGAAAUAA